CUGCCCGAGGAGCCGCCUGACGGCAGCGGGAGCCGGUCGGCCGGCGGCAGUGCCUGUGGUGAACCGUCUGAGGUGCCGAUGACACACGAUCCGGUUGUGAUGGUCUGUACAGGUUCCCUGCCUGUAUUCCUUGGGCGACACCUGUGUGGCCAUUGGUGACCCAUCUCCGAGGGAGGCAGGACACAAACCACUCAUCCUUGAUUCAGACAGCUCCAGCAGAGUGGUUAAAGUCAAAUGUGAUCAUCACUCCAGCCCCUGCGGUGCCCACCGGUCCCGGAAGAGCAGUGGACACAGCGUGCUCCCUCUCCAGGGACACCAGGGGUGUGAACGUAUCCUCAGAAUAGCAGCAGGCAGUGGGCUUGGGCAGAACCCUGAACAGCCCACUGCCCGGAGCCGUGAAUGACUACCUUGGCCUGCCCCAGGAGCAGACCGACGAGGAGGUUCACUGACCGACCCGUCCCCUCCCCCCGCUGCACCGGGUGCCCAAGGAUCAGGAGAACAGGGCUGAAGUGUGACCAGAACUUAAGGAGGAGACUUCUGGGACCUCUCACGCUCGGUACAUACAUGGAACGUGGACCCCUCCAGGCUGCGGAGAUGGCAGGAGGCCUGGGAGUCCGUGAACCAGCUUAAAAACAUGUUCCGUGGCACUGCCGUGUACAACCCCAGGUCCCCGAUGUAAAGGGGGAGGACUCCCACGGAGGGAGACGUCCACUGGGGGAUCCCCCCCCCUCACAGAACGGACCACCGCGGAAUGGAAUGUGAGGGUGCGCUGGACAUUGGAAACCUGGUGCACAUCGCCGAAACCCUGGAGAACAUCGUGUCACCGUGCCUUGGCCCACUUGGAGGUCAGGUGCUGUUCACCAGAGCCACGGGAGACAUCCUCAUCACCAGAGAUGGGGGCACCAUCUUAGAAUGUCUCCUGCUGGAUCAUCCUGCAGCCAGGUGGAUGGCGAGCAGCGCCCUGUGCCACCGCCGACGGACCGGAGACGGAGCCAAGUCCUUCCUGCUGCUGCUGGCUGCCUUGCUGCGGGCGGCCCGGGCUGAGGGGGCGGGCGGGCGGCGCCGGCUGGCCCGGGGCCUGGCCCGGCUGGAGCGGGACGUGCUGCCGGGGCUGCUGUGCCGGAGGCUGGGCCCGUACUGCGGCUCGGCCCUGGGCCCUGGGCCAGGGUCGGGCCCGGGGCGGGAGGCCGUGGCCCGGGUGCUCUCCGCCUACUUGUCGGGCCGGGUGUCGGUCGCGGCGGGCCGCCCUGCUCGGCCGCCUGGCCCGCGAGCUGCUGUGGCGGCUGGCAGACGGCGAGCUGGGCCCGGCCGCCCGGCUGUGCGCCCAGAGCCCGACCGGGCUGCUGCUGGCGGUGGGCGGGCUGCCGGCGACCCGCAGCCGGGUGCUGGAGGGGCUGCGCUGGGCCGGGGGCUGGCCGUGGGCGGCCGCCCGGGCCCCACCAACGCACUGCUGCUGACAGGCAGCCUGGCACCGGCGCUGACCGAGCCCGGCCUCACCCUGCGGCCCGGCUCGGCCCCAGCGCUGGCCCAGGCCCGGGCCCGGGCGGCCGCCAGCCUGGAGCGGACUGUGGCCCGGCUGCAGGGCCUGGGCGUGGGGCUGCUGCUGUCGGGGCCCCAGCAGCCGGCCUGCGCGCUGCAGGCAGCUGAGGCGGGCGGCCUGGCGCUGGUGCACGGCCUGGCGGACGAGGAGCUGGAGCUGGUGCGGCGGCUGACGGGCGCCGAGCCGGUGCGGCGGGCGGACCAGGCCCGGGCAGCCGACGCCGUGCCCGCCCGCUUCGUGCGGCCACUGGGGCCGGGGCCCGGGCCGCAGCUGCUGGUGGGGCUGGCCGGACGCCAUGGCCUCCGGCCCCACUGCCUCGUCCUGUGCGCCCCAGUCCUCGGCCUGGCCCAGCAGCACCGCGACACUGUCGCUGGCGCCUGCCGGCUGCUGGGGCUCCUGCUGCCCGAGCCGGGGGAGCCAGGCAGCAGGGUGGAGGGACCAGACCCCGGGGCUUUGGCCUGGGAGGGAACGGAGCCAGGGGCCCCGGGCUGGGAGGGACCCGACCCCGGGGUCCCAGUGAAGGAGGGACCCAACCCCGGGGUCCCAGUGAGGGAGAGGGAGAGCCGGGACCCAGCAGGGAGCGAGGGACCUGACCCAGGGAGCAGGAGGGAAGGACCUAAUGCCGGGGUCCCAGGUAUAGGGAGGGAGGGAGAUGACCCUGGGACCCCAGAGUGGGAGAGAGAGGGAUCCAGUGCUGGGGUCCCAGGGAUGGGGACGGACGGUCAAUGUGCCCGGGACCUGGGGAAAGCAGAAGGUCAAACUGAGGGCCAGAAUGGCCUUGAUGUUGAGCGAACCCAGUCCAGUGAGCCCAGAGGAACCCAGGGCAACCCCUCCGGGGCCUUCCCAAGCCCCCUUACACCAUCCCACUCCCCCCAGCCCCCAUCCACGCACCCCGCCUGGUGCGGCGGCUGCGAUCCGGGUGAGUGGCAGCUGCCGGCCGGCUGUGUGCUGCCCGCGGGCGGGGCCUUCGAGUUCCUGAUGCACCACUACCUGCAGUGCGAGAGCGACCGCCAGCAGGACGACACCAGGCUGGCGUGCCGGGUGGUGGCACAGGCCCUGCUGAACAUCCCCCAUCACCUCCAGCGGGGCCCCAGCCCCGGCAGGGACCUCCUGCGGGCUCACGCCGACUUUGCGCGGCAGCUUCGGGAGGGGCAGGUGGUGUCAGUGGAUCGGGGGCCGCUGGAGGUGGUGGCUGCCAAGGGGCAGCUGGUGAUCUCCGCCCUGCAGUGCCUGAGGAGCCUGCUGUCCGUGGACAGAGCUGUCGCCGUGCGCGGCAGGCUGCGGAACGAGGCGCAGGCAGAGAGCGAGGACUCAGAGUGAGCGGUUGCAGGAGGAACGUCGCGGGUGGAGACCAGGAGCAGGGUCACCGCGGCCUGCUGGGGGAACCCUGACCAACAGCGCCCACCGCUGUGGGAGAGUCCCAGACCUGAAGGACCGUACCGGGCAGUCUGUCGUACAACGGCACCGCAGGUCAGCACU